CAGGGCUAACCUGUUCUGCUGAUCAGACGUUACCAGCUGUGUGUCUGUCCACUUGAAGACAUGUCGUCCCGGCCUGACAGUAAGACAGGCUCCCAGUUUGUGUCUCUCACCAUGAGGCUGAAGGACAAGCUCCACCCACAGAGGAUCAGACGCUCUGAGCGAACCAAACAAACCUUAUCACAGAGAGCCAAACCAUGUGAUCUGAACCUGCAACACACACUGCAACCAAAGUCGGUGUGUGUGUUGGAGGACCAGCAGCGGGCCGUCAUCAGCUCUCUGCAGUACUUCAAAGCUCUGGUGGACAGACUGGGAGUUGACAAACUGGUCCUGGACCAGUCUGUGGUGGGUGGUCUGCUGGGGGGGGCAUCCGGCGGAGUCCUUGAGGCGGUCCAGACUUUGGUCCAGCUGGAGCCACACCUGCACAACAGUAAGACCGUCUCUUCCUGUCUCACUCGUCUCUACCUGUCUCUGGCUCAGCUGAUACGCUGGGCCGAUCAGUUGAUGCUGCAAGGCGUUGCCCAUGGCAACAAGGACUCCAUGGCAAGCGUUACCGUGGUGAUCAGGGCCGUACUGGACGGGGUCAAGGAACUUGUACGAUUGGCUGCAGAGAGACAAGGCGACUCCGCCCCCUUGUCUCCUGUCCAAUCACAGGUCACCGUGGGACAGACAUUUGGGUUUGACGACCAGCAGACAUCAGAGAGGACGUCUACCAGCUCAGGAGCUCCUGCUGAGAAGGAGGAGGAGGAGCAGACAGCUUUGGCUCCUCCUAAGCCCCCCAUGCCUCUCACAGAGUCACUCCCCCAGGUGUCCCUCCCCCAGGUGUCCCUCCCCCAGGUGUCCCCACAGGGAGUCAGUCCUCCAGCCCUGCCGCCUAAAAGACGAUCAUCAUCAGGCCCCGCCCUCUGCAGGGUUGCCAUAGUAGCACCAAUGAGACGAGAGCCUGAGGUCGACAGACAGGUACAAAAGGAGGACGAGUGUUUGAAGCGCUUCUCUACCUCAUCUGCAGACUCUGCUGCUGAGAAUACACACUGUGAGGACGAUCCAGACUACGACUUCCUCCACACUGACCUCUCCUCCUCUGAGACUCUCCCUCCUCUUCCUCACCCCUCCUCCCUCCCCCCCGCCCUGCCAGAGAAGACACGCUGCAGCACUGCAGGAGCUACCACCUAUGAGGCCUCGGCCUCGUUUGGGUUUGACUCGGCCCCCCCACACAGAGCCGCCCCCUGUGAAGAUGUCGUUGGGCCUGAUGAGUCCUCGUCCUUCCCUCUGUCUCCCAGCAAGACGCCCCCCCUCCCCGAGAAGAAACGACACAUCCAUCAGUACCUCCAGUUCUGUUCGUCCUACAGCGCUCAAUCAGCAGCCAUGUUCUACCAGCGACCUUUGACCUUCAGUCAUCAUUACAGCAGCAAGCAGCGCGAGCUGGAGACCACUGACCAGCUCACACACACACACCUGGACACGCAGACAUCUGACUCCGCCCCCUCACCUGAGCUACCUCCUGCUCCAGUUCUACCAGUGAAGAAGAGACAGCAGGAUCCGUUUGAACCGGAUGAGGAGGAGCGGACCAGAGACAGUUCUCAGAGUCUCCAGCAGGAGGCGGAGCCUAAGAGGAGGGGCAGGGAGCAGCAUGAGGAGCAGGAGGAGGUGCUACUGACGGACUGGGAGGAGAUCCUCCACAGAAUCACAAUGAAGACUGAGGACGAGGACGGGCCGGACGUGAAAGCAGCGUCUCCUGAGAUCCUAUUGGUCCACGCCACGGCGACGCCCAGAGGACCAGAACAGGUGGUGUACUGUGAAGCCUUCCUCUCCACCUACAGGAGCUUCCUCAGCCCCAAGGACGUCAUCAUCAAACUCCAGCACAGAUACAGACAUCUGUGUGAACGACGGGACCCUGAACACAUCACUGCUGCCAAGAACACCUUCAAGCUACUGGUCAGAGUGGUGAAAGAGCUGUGUGCCACAGAGCUGGACUCUGAUUUGCUGCUGCUCCUGAUGGAGCUGGUGUUCAGCCUCCUGAUUGGUGGAGAGCUCGGCUCGGCCCUCCUGUUGCGCUCCAACAUCCUGUCCAAGAUGGAGCAGAAGUGGCAGCUGAUUGGCUCUCCUCAGUCACUCCGCCCCCUCGCGGCCAGGGGCGUGGCUGCCAGACCAGGAACCCUGCUGGACUUCAGGAGCCAGGACUUAGCUGAACAGCUGACUCUGCUGGACUCAGAGCUCUUCUGCAAGAUCCAGCUUCCAGAGCUCUUGAUGUGGUCUAAAGAGCAGAAUGAUGAGAAAAGUCCAAACCUGACAGAGUUCACCCAACACUUCAACAACGUCUCCUACUGGGUUCGUUCUGUGAUCAUUCUUCAGGAUAAAUCUCAGGACAGAGAAAAACUGUUGCUGAAGUUCCUGAAGACCAUGAAGCACCUGCGAAGGCUGAACAACUUUAACUCGUACCUGGCCAUCCUGUCAGCGCUAGACUCUGCCCCCCUGCGACGCCUAGACUGGCAGAAAAACACAGCUGAGGCUCUAGAGGAGUACAGCUCUUUGAUUGACAGCUCAUCAUCAUUUAGAGCCUACAGAGCAGCUCUGGCUGAGGUGGAACCUCCCUGUAUACCCUACCUGGGGUUGAUCCUUCAGGACUUGACCUUCGUCCACCUGGGGAAUCCUGACACGUUGAUGACAUCACAGGGAUCAAAGGUCAACUUCUCUAAACGCUGGCAGCAGUUCAACAUCCUGGACCCUCUGAGGAGCUCCCAGCAAGUUACUUACACUCUGCAGCCUAAUGAUGACAUCAUAUCGUUCUUUAAUGACUUCAGCGAUCACCUGGCUGAGGAAGCAUUGUGGGAACUCUCGCUGAGACUCCGCCCACGAAAUGCCCCACGAGCCAAUCAGAGAUGACAGACCACACAGACUAAACCUGUGCUAACCUGGGACGUCACAAGGCUAACCUGUGGAUAUUGAGAAUUGCGGUGGCUAAACCUGAAACCUGAAAUAAACCGGUACUGAACUGGAUUAGACUGGUGCUCAUGUGUCAAAGGAAGAAGGAUGUUCACAUACUGGGCUAAUCACGGCUAACAUGUGCUCAUAUGGACUAUUCCUGCAACAACCGGCAAUAACCAGAACCGUUGUAGCCAUUUUGAAGUGCAUAGGCAAGCUGAGGUUAGCCGGGAGCUAAUUGGAGUUAGCCAGGUGUUAGCACCAGUCAAGUGUUGAACAAGAUUAGCCUGGAGCUAUCAGGGGUUAGCCAGGUGUUAGCCAAGAUUAGCCUGGAGCUAUCAGGGGUUAGCCAGGUGUUAGCCAAGAUUAGCCUGGAGCUAGCUGGGGUUAGCCAGGUGUUAGCCAAGAUUAGCCUGGAGCUAGCCGGGGUUAGCCAGGUGUUAGCGUGGUGCCUCUUCCUGUGUCUUACCUGUUUGUAAUUAUUCACAUCAAUAUUUCAAUAAACAUCACUGCUCACCUGUGGAU